CCUCAUGAAACGCACUAAUUAGUACCAAGAGGAAUCAUCAAGUACCAAUUUGUGAAGAACUUUACACUUAACAGCACCAGUGUACCAAGUAGCCUCAUUCGAGGACCACCUAAAACGUACUUAGCACCCUGCGGAUCACCUGUGAAAAAGAUGUUGUUGGGCCGCUAUGUGAGCAUAGCACCGCUAUGUUGGGUGCUCAUGUCGGCCAUGUUGCCAUGUGCCACACAUGCGCUGGUGCUGGGGGCAGCUGGAGUGCUGGGCUCCCUGGGGCUGCUGGGAGCUCUGGGCCUGGCGAUCAAGAAGAAGUAUUACAACAACGACGACUAUAACAACGGCAAGAACUUCCGCUACUUCAAAGGCUUCUACAUCAACGCUAAUAGCGGUGGCAACCACCACAACCAUGACCACUACGAGGACCAUCAUAACCACCAUGAUGGUUAUGGUGAUGGUGGUUACGGCGUACCAUCCUACGGUGGACACGGUAGUUCAUACGGUGGACACGGCAGUUUUUACGGUGGACACGGCAGUUCAUACGGUGGACACGGCAGUUCUUAUACUGGUUACGGUAAUUCACACGGUGGAUACGGUAGUUCACAUGGUGGUUACGGUAAUUCACAUGGUGGAUAUGGCAGUUCUCAUGGCGGUCAUGGUAGUUCUUACGGCGGCGGUCACGGUGGCGGAUACCACGGUUACCACGGUUUCGGUAACGGCUUUCACCCGUCACCGUUGUCACCCGGUACCGGCAUCAUCACCCCUGACGGCAGCAACACGAACUCUAUCUUCCCCAACCCCAGAACCCCAUUGGGUUUCGGCGGGAUCAACCCCGGUCUCGGAAACCCGCUCUACAACACUGGUAUCUUGAACCCUGGCAUCGGAAACCCUGGUUUCGGGUCCACAGGGAUCAUCACUCCGGCUGUCGGGACCUCCGGGUUCGGGACCGUCGGUUCACCGGUCCCGAUAGUCGACGCCGCAUCGAACGCUCGUCGACAAGAACCAAGUAUCGGUUCAGGUACACCCCCACCCGGGGUUCUUCCCCUCGAAACUCCAGCAAUUGAACCCAUAAAGCUGACCUCGACCCCCACCAACGCCCACCAGGACUUCCCCCCUUUCACGCAGGACCGGCCCACCCCCCGAGAGGGGACGUUGGGGGACAUCACCCCUGGGCGCGUCAGGAGGCGACGGCAAACUCAAGUAUUUUUACUUUAA